AUUAGUAAAGGGAGAUAGCAAAGAAACAAAUGUAUAUAAAAUAUCAGUGGUGACAAAUGCUAUUAAGAAAAAUGAGGCAGGGUCAGAAAAUGGUGAAUGCAGAAGGGGAGGACAUGUUUUAAAGAAGGUUAUCAGGGCAGGCUUCUCUACUAAGAUACUAUUUGGAAGCCCUAAGUAGAUAGUGGAUUCCAAUAUAAUUUAAAGAUAGAACCAAUAGGUUUUGCUAAAAGAAUUACAUGCAGUGUGUAAGAGAAAAGUCAAGGUUCUGGCUUGUCCUUUGGUAGACAAUUGAGGCAGAAGUCCUGGGCCACAUACUUAGAGAAUAUCUUAAGGGGUUUCCCAAGGGGCCUAUGAAACAUCAACAGUGAACUCUUAUUUAUGAUUAUCUUGAUCAAGUCUUGUUGAAUUGUUGUGUGUUGCACACUUUUUUAGAGAAUUCCUUGCUAAUAUAUCCAAGGUUUUGGGCCUAAACAAGAAAAAACUUUUAUAUGAGAUGGAGGAGACUGUGAAGGGGCAGGUUUAGUGGUGGUGGUGGUAGAGUGAACAGAGAAAUACAGAGUUCAGUUUGGAAGAUAUUAGGUUGAAAUGUCUGCAAAAAUCCAAGUGAAGAUACCAGGUAGGCAAUUUUGGUAGGAGUCUUGAGGUCAAGAAGGAUGGUCAAAUUAGAGAUAUUAAUAGGAUAAAACCUGUAAGUGGGUUUUAAGACUAUGCAACAAGAUGACAUCAUGAAGAGUGAGUAUAGAGGCGAUACCUGAGGACUUAGCACUGGGACACUGACAUAGAUGAGGAAGCUGAGGAGGAAGGAACUAGCAAAGGAAACCCUAGACAGAGUCCAUAAUAACUACUCACUAUGUAUGUCAGGCUCUACGCUAAGCAUCCUACACAUAUUACUUUAAUUAUUAUGACAGCCUUGUGAGGCUUUAUAGAUGAGGACCCUGAGGAUUAGAGAAGUUAAGAAAUUUGCUCAAGGUCAUAACAGCUAAAAAGCAGGAGAACCAAGAUACAAAUACAGUUCAGUUUCCCUCCAAAGCUCUUUCACUUAACCAUUGUGUUUUAAUUCUCGGAACUAAUGAUGAAAUAUCCUUGUCAUCUCUUUGAGGUAUUUGAUAAUCAAUUUGCUUUCAGGAUCACCAGGCUCUAUGACAGGAAAAAAAACACAAAGAAAAGUGAGAAAUUAUCAAUAUUGAUUAUUUUAUAGGCACAAAGAAGGUCAACCAAAAAGGGGGAAAGAGAUAUAGAAGAAUGUCAGGCAACAAAGAAAUGAAGAGUCCAGGAGUUCCUGAAGAAGCUCUGGCUAACCAAGGCACAUCUUCACUAACUGAUGUUGUAGAGCAAGUUACAAAGCAACAACAAUCACAAACAUCAGAGAUAGAAAAAAACAAAAAAGUUCUGUUCCACUUGCAGGAUGAACUACAUGAGCUUGAAAAACAAAUAGCAUCUGUCUCUACAGAAACUAAAGAAACAGAAAGGCAAAUUUAUCAUCAAGAUGCUGCCAUAGAGAAUACCAAACUUCAUUGUGGGAACCUGGAAACUCAAAUCAAUUCCUUACAUACAGAAAAUGUAAAGCUUAAAUUUGACAUAGAACGAGCCCAAGAAGACUUUGAGGAACACAUGAUAAGAUAUAAUGAAUAUUAUUCAAAAAUAAAAGAACAUAAAGAUAGUUUGUGGGAAGUUGAAAGCAAAAAGUCAUUCAUGACUACACUCCAUGAAAAACGAGAUCUUGUUAAAAACCUAAAAACAAUGAAAGAGGAACUUAUGCAAAAUCUCCAAAAUCCAGAAGGAAACAACAUAAAACAAGUACAGGAAGACAUUAUAAAGCUUAAGGAUAAAAUUAUAACUAUAAAAGAAUCUAUCAUUGAAAAAACUUGUUUUCUUGAGGAAGAAGAACAGAAACAUGAAAAAUUAAGAAAAGAAAUAGAGGUACAACAUAAGAGAUAUAGUGCAAUUCUUAAGCGUUUGCAUUGUCAAGUGAACAAGCUCCAGUCAAAUAGAAGACAAUGGCAAUGGAACAUUCAAAGACUGGAAAAAACUGCUGCUGAACUGAGAAAAUGCAUUGGAAUGAAAUAUUAACUUGGCUAAAGGGCAAUGUUGAACACAGACUAUGCCAACAAAAAUGAGAAAAUUCUUUAGAUUCUUAACAACCAGCAUCUACUACCAAAGGUCUGUCUUAAUAACAGAUGCAUUCUCUCUCUCUCUUUUUUUUAAUCAGUUACCUGUCUGCUAAAGUGCCUUCCAAGACUACAAUUGAUAACAGUAGAUAGACAAUAGGAAUGCUUACAUAAGAAUAGUGGAAGAUUCUAUAUAACCAUUUUGAGUGUAUAAGAUACACUGUACUCAGGGUAAAUGUGUUGCCUGCACUGUCAUAGGAAGUAAAAAUUUAGAAGGAAAGAAACACUUGGAGUUAUGAUUUAAAUUAUUAAGAUAUUUUAAAUGAUUGUUUGUUUCAAACAUUUUAUUAAAACUUGCUUUUUUACCACA